AUGCGCUUCGUCCGCAACAUCACGGUGCGGUCCACGACGACGCUCCCCGGUGGUGAUGAGGAGUGCGCGGUGUUGCAUGAGGUGUCGGCGCUGCUCUUCUCGUUCCUCCUAGUCUUCAAGAGCCUCUCGAACUACGACCUCGUGGACCUCACCGCCGACAACCGCACCCACUGCUUCCGGCACCUCCAGGUGGGCCUCACCUGCCACGCCGAGUUCAGCAUCGACCCGCUCCGCGUGGCGCCGUUCGCAAAGCUGGCCAACACGUGCAACGCGAUGCUGGGCGUGCGUGGCGCCGGGCUGACCAACAUGGUGUUCCCGCCCACGUGA